AGAGGCGGUGCGGCACGGAGGAGCGCUCGCAUCACAAGGUGACCCCAGCUCCCCACCGCCACCGCCGUCGUCACCGUCGACAUCGCGCUCCGGCCGCUCCUCGUCCAUCCGGUCGCCCGGCCUCUCUUUCACCCUUCGGAAGCCAAGAUCUGUCCGGCCGCUUGGGGACUCAGGGAGCCCCAGGCUAGAGGCUCACUUAGGAAUUUCCCCCUCCCCCCCGCCAGAGACCCCCCGGGAUGGAGAGCCGAAAGGACAUGGUUAUGUUUCUGGAUGGGGGUCAGCUUGGUACUCUGGUUGGCAAGAGGGUCUCCAAUCUGUCCGAAGCCGUGGGUAGCCCGCUACCCGAGUCGCCUGAGAAGAUGGUGCCCCGUGGUUGCCUGAGCCCGCGGGCCGGUCCUCCGGCGGUCCGAGAGCGCGGCGGGGGAGGCCUGGAGGAGGAGCCGGUCGACGGACUAGCAGGCAGCGCUGCGGGACCCGGCGCCGAACCGCGGGCAGCCGGGGCUGCAGUGCUUGGCCCGGGACCUCCCGCCCCCUCCGCGGACAGCCUCUCGGGACAGGGGCAACCUAGUAGCUCGGACACGGAGUCGGAUUUCUAUGAAGAAAUCGAGGUGAGCUGCACCCCGGACUUCGCCACCGGGAACGCGGAGUACCAGCACAGCAAAGGGUCUAGCUCCGAGGCACUGGCCAGCAGCCCGAACAGUGGCAGCGAGGCCCCCAAGAGCAAUGGCGGCAGCAGCUCCCAGGGUACACUGGCCUGCAGCGCCAGUGACCAGAUGCGCCGUUACCGGACCGCCUUCACCAGGGAGCAGAUUGCUCGACUAGAGAAGGAAUUCUACAGGGAGAACUACGUAUCCAGGCCUCGGAGAUGUGAGCUGGCCGCAGCCCUGAACCUGCCUGAAACCACCAUCAAGGUGUGGUUCCAGAACCGGCGCAUGAAGGACAAGCGGCAGCGACUGGCCAUGACGUGGCCGCACCCGGCGGACCCCGCCUUCUACACGUACAUGAUGAGCCACGCGGCGGCCGCGGGCGGCCUGCCCUACCCCUUCCCAUCGCACCUGCCCCUGCCCUACUACUCGCCGGUGGGCCUGGGCGCCGCGUCCGCCGCCUCCGCCGCCGCCUCGCCCUUCAGCGGCCCGCUGCGCCCUCUCGACACCUUUCGCGUGCUCUCACAGCCCUACCCUCGGCCCGAACUGCUGUGCGCCUUCCGCCACCCGCCGCUCUACCCGGGCCCGGCGCACGGACUGGGCGCUUCGGCCGGCGGCCCCUGCUCCUGUCUCGCCUGCCACAGCGGCCCCGCCAACGGGCUGGCGCCCCGAGCCGCCGCCGCCGCCUCGGACUUCACCUGUGCCUCCACGUCCCGCUCGGACUCCUUCCUGACCUUCGCGCCCUCCGUGCUUAGCAAGGCUUCCUCGGUCGCGCUGGACCAGAGGGAGGAGGUGCCCCUCACCAGAUAAGGGGCUGCCCUUGGGCUGCCGGCUCCAGGAUGCCCAGGGGGGCCUUUCCCCGGACUCAGCCAGCGUCCCUCCCUGCUCCCUGGGCAUGGAGGGGGGAAGAAGAGGAUCGAAGAGGAGCGGCGGACUCC